AAGUUGUAAGGUGGACGGGAUCUCGACUCUAUACAACUUUUUCUUGAAAGGUGAAAAUUCGUUUUGCUCCAUUUUCCUUCCGGCCAUAUGGAGCGACACGUCGGUUACAGUCGCUCUUUUUUGUCUCCAACUCUAACGGGUCCCCUUCAACGCUACUUCUGAAACUCCAACUCCUAUCCAUCUCUGUCCACUUCGUAUUAUGAAUCCCUUUAAUAAAGGUGUUUCUCUCUCUUGGCUAUCUUGUAACGAUCUUCGUGUUGAAUCAUGAAAGGCGAGGCGGCUUCAUGGUUGAGGAUCAUGAAAGAGAUGAGGCCUUUGCACUGCACCUCACUGCACUGGUUGUGGGUCUUGGUCGGGAAUUGUGCAUUUCAAUCUUACUGUUAAAGAAAAAGUAUUGUCGAAGAGAUCUUAUAACCCGGAUCAACACCGAAAGAACCAUUCAAAAUGAAAGCGUGGCACGUUGCAAACCAUCUUGAGCCACACCCAACUGCCGCAUGUCAAGCAAGGUGUAUAUAUAAAAUGACACGACCCCGGACCCAAAACAAAGGGUGAAGGAUGUCGAGCAACAAAGAGCAACCCAAGUCGGUGAGGAGGAAUGAGCAGGAGGGAUCGGGCCAGAUGGCCAAUCGGGUCAGCGGACAUGCCAAUGCCGGCGUCGGCGGGCAGCAGGCGAUGGAUGGUGGCGGGCAGCAGAUGGACGAGCUGCCGCUUGAAAGCAGCCCUUAUGUAAAGUACUCAAACUUAGAGGAUUAUAAGAGGCAGGCUUAUGGCACUGACGGACAGCACCUUGAGCCUGUCAACAACCAGCGCGGAGGCGGGGCCACCGAGGGUCCUACUCUUUCAGGCAGUGGCCUCAGUCAAGCUCAGGCUAAGGCCAUGGCCAUGGCCAUGGAUCAAGCUAAUCGCAGUGGCAUUCCUUGAAUGUCUUUUAUUCUAAUUUUAUUUUCUUUCCUCAAUCAAGCUCAGGCUAAGGUCUAAGCCUUUAAUGUC